GAGAGGUUAUAAAUAAGAGGUGUAACCCGCGGGCGCGCGUUAAAUGCAUCGAUAAUGGAGAUUGGAUGAGUUCAACUUUAAUUACUUUAAUACCCCUGCACCAUUUUAGCACAGAAGAUAUCACAGUUUUUACAAGGAAACGUCCAGGAAAGACGCUCCUUCCUUCUCUCCUAUUCCUGUUUUACAUUUAAACUAGAAUCAUGUCAGACAGGGGUGACUGUAUCAAUGCAUCAUUUCACCAUACUGAUAAUAACACACCAAAACAGACCGAUAGAUCCAAUUUAAAGCACUUAAAACCUCUAUCUAAAUAUGCACGAAUGGUCUGUCAACAGUAUAAUUCAAACAAACCCCUGUGCGAUAUUCAAGUACAGAUUGCGAAUAAAACAAUUGCCGGACAAAAGCGAAAACUAGAUGAUUCGGGUCUGGAUGAGUCGUGCGAGACCCCCCUAAAAAGUCCUUGCUUGUAUAGAUUAUGCUCCACAGAUGAGGGCUGUGUUGUAGAUUCUUUGGAGCCCUUAAGUGAAGUUCAGAGAUCCACACCGAUACAGAAACUAAUAAUAUCGAAGGAUGUGACCCCACCACGGUCAAAGAUAAUUCAUUCUUCAUCCACCCCCAUCAAGUCCACAACUUUGCCCCAAUGCAUGGGUCAAAGCCCAGAUAGCCUUCCAUCCCCUAUACCAGUACUGAACUGGGACAGAGAUGGACCAUCAAACUUAACUGUUUCAUUGACUGGCUGUGCUGGAAGUGGCCAGCGCAAGGUGAGGAAGGUCUCGCACGUUCACAAUCCAGCACACGAAUCGAAACCCCAAAGCGCGACCCCAGAGACGGGGACUAAGGAGACAAAUGAGACCGCUGUCGGCACGUCGAAAGAGGAAGGAGUGUCGGUGUGUCAGCCGGCAGAAGUAACGUUGGAGGUGACCACGGAGAACGAAGAGAGCUUUGAAACCUCAUUGCCUCUCCAGGUUCAGGUGAAAUCUAAAGUGGUGAUUCCAGAGGGCACAAAGACUGUCUGUCAAACAACAGAUACUCAGUCAGUGACCAAACCACAAUCUCAGACCAACAGAGAGACACACAAGCCGGAGCAAAGGCCUGUUGCGUUUCGUGCUGAAGAAGACUGGCAGCGAGGGAAGAAAACUUAUGUGGAAUCUGUGAAGAGACACAUGGAGACAAAUGGAGCUGGAAAAGAUGUGAUGACAGAACUUCAUCAUCUAAUGAACAUCGUGGCCGGUCAGCAUCCCGGUCAGCAGCAGAUGGGAAGUAACAAAGGUUGUUGGCAGCAUCCUUCAGAUCUCAGCAAGAGAAACCAUCGAUCACGUGUCAGAGGUCCGUUGCUCUCUCUCAGUGAAUGGCAGAAAAGAAACCAACUCACCUUCCGACGCUUCGCCGCAGUGCCUGAUGUCUUCGUUAGGAGUCCGAUGCACUGAUUUUUUAUUGUCACAGUUGUAUUAUUAUACAUCUGUUUAUAUAUGUUUGGAAGUCUUACCUAAAAUAUUUCGGCUCUUUAUUUUGUAGAUAAAAAUAUAUGUCUAUUUUACAUUUAUACUGCUGGUUAGUGUUGUGCACUGAAAAGCGUGCAGUGUUUUUGUGUGUUUGUUUGUUUGUGAGUUCACUUUGUGUGGUGUAUCGGUGGUUGUAGAAUUUAAAAGAUUUGUUUGUUUUUUAACGGUUUGUACUUUUGUUAACUAACCCCACAGCCAACCAGCAUUGAAUCCACCACCCUCUAUCUUUGUAGCUACGCGACAUGUUAAGUUUUAGUAGCUAGCCAAAUGUUUCAGAUUUUCUUCUUGAGAAGACGAUUUGAUGUGUUUAAUUUAAUCCUCUCAUUUCUUAGUAGUUACUUGUUUUUAUAACCUUGCAAUUUGCAUGCUAAAUUAAACCAUCUGCUACAUU